CGCACACAAUUGCCGCCGACUUGGAAAACCCCCCCAAAAAACCAUUUGUCGUCGUCGUUUGAUCACACUCCGCCCGCAAUCUUCCCCCUCCUGUCACCAAAUCUCAGCCGACGAAAAAUCACAUCUCGCAAACAUGGGAAAGCAGCACGGAUCUCUUGCCCGCGCCGGCAAGGUCAAGUCCCAGACCCCCAAGGUUGAGCCCCAGGAGAAGGCCAAGAGGGCCAAAGGCCGUGCCCACAAGAGGGAGCAGUACACUCGCCGCUUCGUCAAUGUCACCCUUGCCCCCGGCGGCAAGAGGAAGAUGAACCCCAACCCUACCGCUUAAAAUGGAGAUGCGACGAUAGGACGGCUGGAUUCGACCCGAACCAAUCCAUGGCGACAUCCCCGACCGAAAACGAUCGACUCGAUCUUGCCCUCUGGGCUGCGUCGGAGGAUCCGGCCGCUCAGCUGACUGUGGUCACUCUUUUUUACGAUGCGUUUUUUCCACGACUCCCCAGGGCUAGACAGCCCCUGUGGGAGCGGCGUUGCCAAACGGACAUUUGCCAGGCUCGGAUGUGUGGGCCUUGGUUUGGUCGGGGAUCAUUUUCGGUAUGGGUUUUUUUUUCGGUCAGGGUAGAAGGUUUACUCACUGCAAUACACGCUGGGCUUUUUACCUUGGUCACACUCAGCGGCCUGCUUGGCCGCUUCGGGUGCG